ACAUCACCAAGGCUGAGACUCAGCACUUCUAGGAUGGUACCAGCGUCCUCUGCAGUUGUCCUUGGAUUGUGCUUGGCCUUGUGAGGAGAGAAUGAAAACUAAAAGAGUAUUGUUCCUGGUCUCGCUUACUGUGGCGCUGCUGAUGGUUAUGCAUCCCUUCAGGAGUGGCCAAGUGACAGAGCUGCAGCUGUCAGACUGGUUUAAGCCAAGGAAGCGCCCGGACGUCCUCACGGUCACCCCCUGGCUGGCCCCAGUGCUGUGGGAAGGCACUUUCAGCAGGCAGGCACUGCAGAGGCACUACGCGGGGCGGGACCUCGUCGUGGGACUGGUGGUCUUUGCCACCUACGGGUCUGUAGGCGACCACGUGGAGCAGUUCCUGCACUCAGCAGUCACACACUUCAUGCCUGGCCAGAAGGUGGUCUUCUACCUCAUCCUGGACAGCUUCACAGAGCCACCCAAAGUGCAGCUUGGGCCCCUCCAGAGCUUCAAGUUCCUCAUGGUAAGCAAGGACGAGCCGUGGCCCGACACUGAGCUCAUGCGCCUGCAGUUCCUGGUACAGCACCUGGUGAGCCACAUCAAGGAGGAAGUAGACUUCCUCUUCAGCAUGGCUGGCAGCCUGGUCUUCCAGGGCGACUUCGGCCUGGAGACGCUGGGUACCCUGGUGGCCCAGCUGCACGCCUGGUGGUACUUUCAGAAAAGCCUAAACAUCCCCUACGAGCGGAGGCCCAGCUCGGAGGCCUACAUUCCUUUCGGGCAGGGCGACUUCUACUACGGGGACGCCAUUGUGGGGGGCAAACCCCUGCAGCUGCUGCACCUCUUGGAUACGUGUAUGAAGGGCAUGGUCCGGGACGCGCAGAAGGGCAUCAGCAGCACUUACAAGCAGCACCUCAACAAGUACCUCCUCCUCCACAAGCCCACCAAGCUGCUGUCCCCCGAGUACGGCUGGGACCUCAGGUUCAACCUCCCGCCCCAGUUUUGACUUCUCCAGCUGGACUACUAGAGGACAAACAACAAGAGAAUUUAAUGUCCACACAGAGUAACACUACCAGCUCCACGUCCUAGAAAACGUGGAAAUGCUUGUGACACAGAACCAUUUUUCUCUUACAGGAGUAAGACUCUAGCUCAUAAAAAAUAAA